GCCCGCCCGGCUCGGCUCGGCUCCGCCCCGCCGUUAUAAUGAGCGGCUCCCAGGCGCGGCUGCCCCAGGCCGGCGCGGCUCCGGGCGAGGCGGCGGCUCCGGGCGAGAUGCCGGCCACGGAGAAGGACCUGGCGGAGGACGCGCCCUGGAAGAAAAUCCAGCAAAACACCUUCACCCGCUGGUGCAACGAGCACCUGAAGUGCGUCCAGAAGCGCAUCGCCAACCUGCAGGCGGACCUGGCCGACGGGCUGCGGCUCAUCGCGCUGCUCGAGGUGCUGAGCCAGAAGAAGCUGGGGCGCAAGUACAACCAGCGCCCCACUUUCCGGCAGAUGCAGCUGGAGAACGUGUCGGUGGCGCUGGAGUUCCUGGAGCGCGAGAACAUCAAGCUGGUCUCCAUCGACAGCAAGGCCAUCGUGGAUGGGAACCUGAAGCUGAUCCUGGGGCUGAUCUGGACGCUGAUCCUGCACUACUCCAUCUCCAUGCCCAUGUGGGACGAGGAGGACGACGAGGAGACCAAGAAGCAGACGCCGAAGCAGCGGCUGCUGGGCUGGAUCCAGAACAAGCUGCCCGAGCUGCCCAUCACCAACUUCAGCAAGGACUGGCAGAGCGGGCGGGCCCUGGGGGCCCUGGUGGACAGCUGUGCCCCGGGUCUCUGCCCCGACUGGGACUCCUGGGACGCCAGCAAACCCGUCAACAACGCCCGCGAGGCCAUGCAGCAGGCUGACGACUGGCUCGGCAUCCCCCAGGUCAUCACCCCGGAGGAGAUCGUGGACCCCAAUGUGGACGAGCACUCGGUCAUGACCUACCUGUCCCAGUUCCCCAAGGCCAAGCUCAAGCCGGGUGCCCCCCUGCGCCCCAAGCUGAACCCCAAGAAGGCGCGAGCCUACGGCCCCGGUAUUGAGCCCACCGGGAACAUGGUGAAGAGAACGGCCGAGUUCACCGUGGAGACCAUCAGCGCCGGCCAGGGCGACGUCCUGGUUUACGUGGAGGACCCAGCUGGGCACAGAGAAGAGGCCAAGGUCAUCGCAAACAACGACAAGAACCGAACUUUCUCCGUCUCGUAUAUUCCCAAAGUGACGGGGGUCCACAAGGUGACGGUGCUGUUCGCGGGGCAGCACAUUGCAAAGAGCCCGUUCGAGGUGACGGUGGGGAAAUCGUUGGGCGACGCCGGGCGAGUGACGGCCCAGGGGCCCGGCCUGGAGCCCACGGGCAACAUUGCCAACAAAGUCACCUCCUUCGAGGUCUUCACGGCCGGCGCGGGGGCCGGCGAGGUGGAGGUGACGGUGCUGGACCCCAGCGGGCGGAAGGGGACAGUGGAGCAGCAGCUGGAGGACAAGGGCGACAGCACCCACCGGUGCACCUACCGCCCAGGCGCCGAGGGCACCUACACCGUCCACGUGACCUUCGGGGGCACGCCCAUCCCCCGCAGCCCCUACACCGUCGCUGUGGGGCAGGCCUGUAGCCCCAGCGCCUGCCGGGCCACAGGGCGGGGGCUGCAGCCCAAGGGGCUCCGGGUGAAGGAGUCGGCGGAUUUCAAGGUCUACACGAAAGGCGCCGGCAGUGGGGAGCUCAAGGUCACGGUCAAGGGCCCAAAGGGGCCGGAGAGCGUGAAGCAGAAGGAUCUGGGCGAUGGGAUUUUUGCCUUCGAGUAUUUCCCCAGCCUGCCCGGGAACUACACGGUCACCAUCACCUGGGGGGGGCAGCAGGUGCCACGCAGCCCGUUUGAGGUGAAGGUCGGCCCCGAGUGCGGCAGCCAGAAGGUCCGGGCCUGGGGGCCAGGGCUGGAGGGCGGCGUGGUCGGCAAGUCGGCCGACUUCGUGGUGGAGGCCAUUGGGGACGACGUGGGCACGCUGGGGUUCUCGGUGGAGGGCCCGUCCCAGGCCAGGAUUGAGUGUGACGACCGGGGGGACGGUUCCUGCGACGUGCGCUACUGGCCCCAGGAGCCGGGUGACUACGCCGUGCACGUCCUGUGCAAUGGGGCCGACAUUCGCCACAGCCCCUUCAUGGCUGAGAUCCGCCCUGCCCCCCGCGACCUGCACCCCGAGAAGGUGAAAGCCCACGGGCCUGGGCUGGAGAAGACGGGUGUCGCCAUCAACAAACCAGCCGAGUUCACAGUGGAUGCCAAGAACGGCGGGAAGGCCCCUCUCAAGGUCCAGGUGCAGGAUGCGGAGGGCACCCCAGUGGACGUGGCGGUGAAGGACAACGGCAACGGCACCUACAGCUGCUCCUAUGUACCCAAGAAGCCGGUGAAACACACGGCCAUGGUGUCCUGGGGGGGCGUCAACAUCCCCAACAGCCCCUACCGUGUGAACGUGGGGGCCGGCAGCCACCCCCACAAGGUGAAGGUGUACGGCCCCGGCGUGGCCAAGACGGGGCUCAAGGCCCAUGAACCCACCUACUUCACCGUGGACUGUGCGGAGGCCGGGCAGGGUGAUGUGAGCAUCGGGAUCAAGUGCGCCCCAGGCGUGGUGGGGCCGGCCGAGGCCGACAUCGACUUCGACAUCAUCCGCAAUGACAACGACACGUUCACCGUGCGCUACACGCCCCGCGGGCCCGGCACCUACACCAUCAUGGUGCUCUUCGCGGACCAGGCCACCCCCACCAGCCCCAUCCGCAUCAAGGUGGACCCAUCCCACGACGCCAGCAAGGUCAAGGCUGAAGGGCCUGGGCUGAACCGGACCGGCGUGGAGCUGGGCAAACCCACCCACUUCACGGUGAACGCCAAGGCAGGGGGCCGGGCGCCGCUGGACGUGCAGUUCACCGGCCCAGCCAAGGGCGAGGCGGUGCGGGACUCGGAGGUGAUUGACAACCACGACGGGACCCACACAGUGAAAUACACCCCUGUGCAGCAGGGUAACCUGGGCGUGGCCGUGACCUACGGCGGAGACCACAUCCCCAAAAGCCCCUUCAGCGUGGGCGUGGCCCCCAGCCUGGACCUCAGCAAGAUCAAGAUCACCGGCCUGGCUGACAAAGUUGAGGUGGGCAAGGACCAGGAGUUCACAGUCAAGUCCAAGGGGGCUGGCGGGCAAGGCAAGGUGGCCGCAAAGAUCGCGGGGCCGGCGGGCAAGCCGGUGCCCUGCAAGGUGGAGCCAGGCCUGAGCCCCGACAACAACGUGGUGAAAUUCAUCCCCCGCGAGGAGGGGCCCUACGAGGUGCAGGUGACCUACGACGGAGCCCCCGUGCCCGGCAGCCCCUUCCCCAUGGAGGCCGUGCCCCCCACCAACCCCUCCAAGGUGAAAGCCUUCGGGCCAGGGCUGAAGGGCGGCCAGGCCGGCUCGCCCGCCCCCUUCACCAUUGACACGAAGGGGGCCGGCACGGGGGGCCUGGGGCUGACGGUGGAGGGCCCCUGCGAGGCCAAGAUCGAGUGCCUGGACAAUGGGGACGGCACCUGCUCCGUCUCCUACCUGCCGACGGAGCCGGGCGACUACAACAUCAACAUCCUGUUUGCGGGCGCCCACGUGCCCGGCUCCCCCUUCCGGGCGGCCGUCCAGCCCCGCUUCGACCCCUCCAAGGUGACCUGCUCGGGGCCGGGGCUGGAGCGGGCCACGGCCGGCCAGACGGGCCAGUUCCACGUGGACUGUUCACGGGCCGGCAGCGCCGAGCUCACCAUCGAGAUCAUCUCGGAGGGGGGGGCGCAGGCCGAGGUGCGGGUGCAGGACAACGGCGACGGGACCUACACCAUCGCCUACACCCCGCUCUGCUCCGGCACCUACACCAUCACCAUCAAGUACGGCGGGCAGCCCGUGCCCCACUUCCCCAGCACGCUGCAGGUGGAGCCGGCCCUCGACACCUCCGGGGUCAAGGUCUACGGGCCUGGCGUGGACGGUGACGGCGUGUUCCGGGAGGCCACGACGGAGUUCCGCGUGGACGCCCGGGCGCUGGGCGCGGCCGGAGGGCCCCGCGUGAAGACCCGGGUGUCGAACCCCUCGGGGAACCUGACCGAGGCCCUUGUGCAGGACCUUGGCGACGGCACCUACCGUGUGGAGUACACCCCCUACGAGGAGGGCGUCCACUCAGUCGAUGUGACCUACGACGGGAGCCCCGUGCCCAGCAGCCCCUUCCGGGUGCCCGUCACCGAGGGCUGCGACCCGACCCGGGUCCGAGUGCACGGCCCAGGCCUCCAGAGCGGCACCACCAACCAGCCCAAUCGCUUCACCGUGGAGACCAGGGGUGCUGGCACCGGGGGCCUGGGCCUGGCCGUGGAGGGCCCCUCCGAAGCCAAGAUGUCCUGCACCGAUAACAAGGACGGCAGCUGCUCGGUGGAAUACGUCCCCUACGAACCCGGCACCUACAGCCUGAACGUCACCUACGGCGGGCACCAGGUGCCAGGGAGCCCCUUCCAGGUGCCGGUGCACGACGUGGUGGACUCGUCCAAGGUGCUGUGCUCGGGGCCAGGCCUGACGCCGGGCGUCGUACGGGCCAGCGUGCCCCAGACCUUCUCCGUCGACACCAGCCAGGCGGGGGUGGCCCCCCUGCAGGUCAAGGUGCAGGGCCCCAAAGGCGUGGUGGAGCCGGUGGAGGUGGUGGACAACAGCGACGGCACGCAGACGGUCAGCUACGUCCCCAGCCGCGAGGGGCCCUACAACAUCGCCGUGCACUACGGAGACCAGGAAGUGCCGCGCAGCCCCUUCAAGGUGAAGGUUCUGCCCACACACGACGCCAGCAAAGUGAAAGCCAGCGGCCCCGGGCUCAACACCACCGGGGUCCCUGCCAGCCUGCCCGUGGAGUUCACCAUUGACGCCCAGGACGCCGGCGAGGGGCUGCUGGCCGUGCAGAUCACGGACCCCGAGGGGAAGCCCAAGAAGGCCACGAUCCGGGACAACCAGGACGGCACCUACACGGUCUCCUACGUGCCGGACACGACGGGCCGCUAUACCAUCCUCAUCAAAUACGGCGGGGACGAGAUCCCCUACUCCCCCUACCGCAUCCGCGCCCUGCCCACCGGCGACGCCAGCAAGUGCACCGUCACCGUGUCGAUCGGAGGUCACGGGCUAGGCGCCGGAAUCGGCCCCACCAUCCAGAUCGGGGAGGAGACGGUGAUCACGGUGGACACCAAGGCGGCGGGCAAAGGGAAGGUGACCUGCACGGUCUGCACGCCCGACGGCUCCGAGGUGGACGUCGACGUGGUGGAGAACGAGGAUGGCACCUUCGACAUCUUCUACACAGCCCCCCAGCCCGGGAAAUACGUCAUCUGCGUCCGCUUCGGGGGCGAGCACAUCCCCAACAGCCCCUUCCAGGUCCUGGCCACAGACCGUCCCCUGAUGGGCGUCAACGGGCUGGACGUGGCCGGGCUGCGGCCCUUUGACCUGGUCAUCCCAUUCACCAUCAAGAAGGGGGAGAUCACGGGCGAGGUCCGGAUGCCCUCGGGGAAGGUGGCCAAGCCCGACAUCACGGACAACAAGGACGGGACGGUGACGGUGAGAUACGCGCCCACGGAGGCCGGGCUGCACGAGAUGGACAUCCGCUGUGACAGCCUGCACAUCCCAGGGAGCCCCCUGCAGUUCUACGUGGAUUACGUCAACAGCGGGCACGUCACGGCCUAUGGCCCAGGGCUCAUCCACGGCGUGGUCAACAAGCCGGCCACGUUCACCGUCAACACCAAGGACGCUGGCGAAGGUGGGCUGUCCCUGGCGGUUGAAGGCCCCUCCAAGGCCGAGAUCAGCUGCACCGACAACCAGGACGGCACCUGCAGCGUCUCCUACCUGCCCGUGCUGCCCGGCGACUACAGCAUCGUAGUGAAAUACAACGAGAAGCACAUCGCAGGCAGCCCCUUCACCGCCCGCAUCACCGGCGACGACACGCUGCGAAUGUCCCAGCUGAAGGUCGGCUCCUCGGCCGACAUCCCCCUGGACAUCGCAGAGACGGAUCUGAGCCAGCUGACAGCGACCGUCACCCCCCCAUCAGGGCGCGAGGAGCCCUGCCAGCUCAAACGCCUGCGCAACGGCCACGUGGGCAUCUCGUUCGUGCCCAAGGAGGUGGGCGAGCACCUGGUGAACAUCAAGCGGAACGGGCAGCACAUCCCCAACAGCCCCAUCACGGUGACCAUCAGCCAGUCAGAGAUCGGUGAUGCCAGCCGGGUCCGCGUCUCCGGGCCCGGCCUCAGCGAGGGGCGCACCUUUGAGCCCGCCGAGUUCCUCAUCGACACCCGGGACGCAGGCUAUGGCGGGCUCAGCUUGUCCAUCGAGGGCCCCAGCAAGGUGGACAUCAACACAGAAGACCUGGAGGACGGGACCUGCCGUGUCACCUACUGCCCCACGGAGCCCGGCAACUACAUCAUCUCCAUCAAAUUCGCAGACCAGCACGUGCCAGGGAGCCCCUUCUCGGUGAAGGUGACAGGCGAGGGGCGGGUGAAGGAGAGCAUCACCCGGCGCCGCCGCGCCCCCCCUGUGGCCAACGUGGGCAGCGCCUGCGACCUCAGCCUCAAGAUCCCAGAGAUCAGCCUGGCGGACAUGACGGCCCAGGUGACGGGCCCCUCGGGGCAGCGGCUGGCGGCUGAGGUGCUGGAGGCGGAGAACAGCACCUACUGCGUCCGGUUCGUGCCGGCCGAGACGGGGGUGCACUCGGUCAGCGUCAAGUACAAGGGGCAGCACGUUCCCGGCAGCCCCUUCCAGUUCACCGUCGGGCCGCUGGGCGAGGGCGGCGCCCACAAGGUGCGGGCGGGAGGCCCCGGCCUGGAGCGGGCCGAGGCCGGCGUGCCAGCCGAGUUCAGCAUCUGGACGCGAGAGGCAGGCGCCGGGGGUCUCUCCAUCGCCGUCGAGGGGCCCAGCAAGGCCGAGAUCGCCUUCGAGGACAGGAAAGACGGAUCCUGCGGCGUGGCCUACGUCGUCCAGGAGCCCGGUGAUUACGAGGUGUCGGUGAAGUUCAACGAGGAGCACGUUCCCGAAAGCCCCUUCGUGGUGCCGGCAGCGGCCCCCUGCCAUGACGCCCGGCGCCUGACUGUUACCAGCCUUCAGGAGUCAGGCCUCAAGGCCAACCAGCCAGCUUCCUUUGCAGUCAGCCUGAACGGCGCCAAGGGGGCGCUGGAUGCCAAGGUGCACAGCCCUCUCAGAGCUGGGAGAGAAUGUCACGUCCCGAGCCUACCCCCAGAUAAAUACGCCGUGCGCUUCAUCCCGCGGGAGAACGGCCUCUACUCCAUCGACGUCAAGUUCAACAGCACCCACAUCCCCGGCAGCCCCUUCAAGAUCCGCGUUGGGGAGCCAGGCCAGGCGGGCGACCCGGGCCUGGUGUCCGCGUACGGCGCGGGCCUGGAGGGGGGCACCACCGGCAGCCCGGCAGAGUUCGUGGUGAACACGACCAACGCGGGCCCCGGGGCCCUGGCCGUGACCAUCGACGGCCCCUCCAAGGUGCAGAUGGACUGCCAGGAGUGCGCCGAGGGCUACAAAGUGACCUACACGCCCAUGGUGCCCGGCAGCUACCUGAUCUCCAUCAAGUACGGCGGCCCCUACCACAUCGCCGGCAGCCCCUUCAAGGCCAAGAUCACAGGCUCCCGCCUGGUGAGCAGCCACAGUCUGCACGAGACGUCCUCUGUCUUCGUGGACGCAGCCGGGCGGGCGGAGGUGGCCGUGCUGCAGGGGGCACCCCCCAAGUUCGCCGCGGACGCCAGCAAGGUGGUGGCCAAGGGUCUCGGGCUGAGCAAGGGCUUCGUGGGCCAGAAGAACUCCUUCACGGUGGACUGCAGUAAAGCAGGGAACAACAUGCUGCUGGUGGGCGUGCACGGCCCUCGCACGCCGUGCGAGGAGAUCCUGGUGAAGCACCUGGGGAACCGGCUCUACAGCGUCUGCUACCUGCUGAAGGAAAAGGGCGACUACGUCCUGGUGGUGAAAUGGGGCGACCAGCACGUGCCCCACAGCCCCUUCCACGUCGCUGUGCCGUAGCCCCCCCCGCCCGGACGCCUGGGUCCCUGCCGCCUGCUGGCCUCGCCCCUCCCCCCGGCGCGCCGCCGCCUUCGCCGCGUCGCCCAGUUAACC